GCACGUAAUGGGACAAAGACUGCAGAAAAAAAAACAUUCUUAGUUAUAUUCUAUCUUCAUAAUGCAAAAUAUUGAAUGUGCUUAGUUUCCAUGAUAUUAUAUUCACAUACCAAAACUGAAUAUCUUAAAAAUCGAUUAUCUCAGUCCAGGCUCGCUAUGGGGACGUAAUAUUUUAAAUUUGUUAGUUUAGCCGUGAGAGUGUUAAUUUGACUCGGACAAGACCCUUCAACUCGAUUAAUAAUUGAGACGGUUCCAUUGUAAGUGUAGAAGUCAUUAAUUCUGAUUAUAACAAAUUCGGGAUUUAUUCUUAGAAAUUUUAAAAUCAUUUAAAGAAAUGACAAAUAAAUAGAUCAAAAGCUUAACGAAUUUUAUUGUUGACAUUCAUAGAUUCGAUAACUGUCGAGGUGCAUAGUCAUCCAUUUCUACUAGAGAGUAGAUAGAAAAUUUUUUGUUUUAUUUAUAUUUUUAUUGUGAAUCAUUUGAUACUGUUAUGCUAUAAAAACAAAAAAAAGUUUGAAAAUAUUGACCUUUUAAAGACGAUUCAGUUAUUUUUGACUCAUCUAUUUUUCAGUAGAGAAAAAGAAUGUUUAGAUCAAAUUAAACUAUUAAAUAUUUAAGUUCAUAAACACUCGAAUUUGUCAUCUUAUACUUUUCUUUUCUUUUCUUCUCUCAUACAUGUAUAACUUCUUUUCAAAUAUCCUUUUUUUUCUGCUACAGUACAAUGUCGUCACAAUUUCUCCUUUCUCCUUUGAUCUUUUGUUUUUCAAAAAUCUUCUCAUUCUUUGUUGGAUAUAUAUAUAUAUAUACUCUUGCUCUCAUUGAUGAGUUUACACUAUUCUUGAAUUAACAAAGUAUAUCAUUUUCUCUGUCGAACUUGUACUCGUCCUUAUAUCGUUUUUACAACUAAUUUUUACAAUGAAAUCCAAUUGUCUGUGAAAGGAAAAGAGGAAAGUGUACUUAUUAUUGCACCAAGAAAGCAGAUUUUUGAUCCAAUAUCGAGUGCCUUACUAGUAAAUUGUCACUUUGUUUGAAAGAUAAAAUAAGUGUUUUGUUUGUUAUCAUAUGAUUUUUAUAUGGCCAUUUUAAUUUAAAAAUAAAAAAAAUUAUUAUUUUUCCGAAAUAACUUCAAAAAAUGUGUCGAAAUAACUUUUAUCCUGCACAUCAUUUAUCAUUGCAUGUAUUCAUUUCUUUUAAAUAUUUUCUGAACAUCUGAUCAUCAUUUAAAUCAAAUUUUUAUUACUAUAUUUCGAAACUUAUUAUUCGUUGAAACAAGAUAGUCUAAUAAUUAAUAAGAAGAUUAACUAAUUUUUCACAAUAACAGUUGAAUCAAAAAAUCCAAAUGAUAAGGUUACAACCUUUACAGUAAUAUCAGAGGGCAGAAGGCAUUGCGAAAACAAACUAAGUUGCUCUUAAUUCAUUUUAAAUAAAUCUGAUUUACAAAUAGAGUUUUGUACUAUUUUGAAGCUCUUGAAUAUGUCGUCAGUGUCAAACCAUUAGUAUGAGUACAUGUUUUAAAAAAUCGAAGCUGCACUCAGAACAGAAAGAAACUGCUACUAUUCUUCGGUUCUCCAAGUAGAAAUCUCAAGCAAUACUUUGUGCAUUAUGAAGAUAGAAUAUAACUAAGAAUGUUUUUUUUUCUGCAGUCUUUGUCCCAUUACGUGCAAGUGCCAUUGAUAUUCAUCCAAAUGCUCGAUGGCAACAAAAUGGUAUUACAGUAGCUGGAGGAAAUAGAUUAGGCAAUGAAACCAAUCAACUCAACUACCCAAUGGGUUUGUUUGUUGAUGAUGAACAAACAAUUUAUGUCGCAGAUGAACACAAUCAUCGUAUUAUGGAAUGGAAAAGAGGUGCGACAGGUGGCCAAGUGGUUGCCGGUGGAAAUGGACGAGGAAAUGGGACUCAUCAAUUGCUUCAACCAUGGGAUGUGAUUGUCGACAAAGAGACUUAA